UUUGGCAAAGAGGGCACACAAAUUGCUUUUUCGGAAAAAUUUUAUUUCAGCAUUUCAAGAAUAGUAGAAUAUAGAAGUUGAAAGUUGAAAAAUUAUUAUAAGACCAACGAUACGUAAGUGCUAAUCCGGCUGGAGUGUGGUGUGUUUAAGCCCGUUGCAAGUUUUUCAAGUUUCAAGUGUAAAAUAUUUGUUGAAGUGCUUCAGCUGGUAUUCUACAAACACAUAUCACGCAAAAAGCACAUAAAACUCCCAAUACCCACACCCAGCGUCGAAGAGCAGCGUCAUAGUAUCACAGCAUCAUGGCUGACAGCGAAUUUGAAGAAUUCCAUAGGCCCAUCUUUGAACCACAUCAGCUUCAAACAUACAUGAGCCCUGGCCAAAAGAAAAAUAAUGCCCACACGUUCUAUUCCCUCAUUCCCAAUGACGAUCUUGAGGAUUCGCCAUCUUCAAAAAGUGAUACCUCCGAUCAGGAAGAUGCUGGCGGUGGAGAACUCUGCUGUGAGUCGACGAAACUACAACGUCAAGUGGAAGAUGAUGAAAUUGGUGAUGGUCUGAAAGUGGUAUCACUCUCUUCGGAUGGUUCGCUGGACACAAACGACUCUUUCAAUUCACAUCGUCAUCAUCCAUUGAAUCAUCAGGACGCAAUAGGUGGUAUAGUUGGUACUGGUAUGGGCGCCGGCACUGGUAAUACAAUCAGCAGCGAUUGCCUUGUCGGUCCCCAAUUAUUGCUCUCGCCAAAUACAGCUGCUGCCACUGGCGCAAUUCAGCUGCAACAACGACGUAGACGAAAAUUACCGGAAAUACCCAAAAACAAGAAAUCUUCCAUUCUGCAUCUUUUAGGUGGUGGAUAUGGUCAAACUUCGUUGGCUGAUGAAAUGAAUAAUGGACGCAAUCAAUUAAAUGAAAACAGCAACGCUAUCAUAGGCCAUACAAUUAUCGGUAAUACGAAUUCCAUUAAUAAUGGAACUGUGCGAAAUAAUCAACGCUCAUUUUUGACACUUAAAUGUGGUUAUUUACUUGAUGAGGACUCUAGUCCCGAUUCGGAGCGUUUACAGAGUUUGGGUGAUGUGGAUAGCGGUCAUAGCACUGCGCAUUCACCGAAUGACUUCAAAAGCAUGUCCCCACAAAUCACUUCACCCACUUCACAAUCACCAUUUCCUCAACCAUUAGGCGGUGUGCCCUUCUCUCAAUUGGAAAUGCUUGAAGCUACACAUCGUGGCUUACACAAAUUCAUACCGCGUCAUCAUGAUGAGAUCGAAGUUGAAAUCGGCGAUGCUAUUUACGUACAAAAAGAGGCUGAUGAUCUUUGGUGCGAGGGUGUAAACUUGCGCACUGGUAGGCAGGGUAUUUUCCCAUCGGCCUAUGCAGUUGAUUUGGACUACAAUGAGUUCGAUCCCACAGUACAACAGGUGAAGAAAGAGCGCUAUUUACUCGGUUAUUUAGGUUCGGUAGAGACAUUGGCUCACAAGGGUACAGGUGUUGUAUGCCAAGCUGUACGAAAAAUUGUUGGCGAAUAUGGAAAUUCACCAACCGGACAAGUGUGCAUACUGGAGGUGUCGGAUCAGGGACUACGAAUGGUGGAUCGUUCUGGCCCGAAUAAGAAGGACAAGAAACCCUGCAUCGAUUACUUCUACUCGUUAAAGAAUGUGUCAUUCUGCGCAUUUCAUCCACGUGAUCAUCGUUUCAUUGGCUUCAUAACGAAACAUCCAACGGUGCAACGUUUUGCAUGCCAUGUCUUCAAAGGCUCGGAAUCUACGCGACCUGUAGCUGAAGCGGUUGGUCGUGCAUUUCAACGUUUCUACCAGAAAUUCAUAGAAACUGCAUAUCCGAUCGAAGAUAUAUAUAUAGAGUAAGCAGAUUGGACGAAAUGGAGUCGCUGGUUGACAAAAUGGAUACCUUGUACUACUACAUAGAUAUUGUUAGUGCUGGUUUGUGGUUUACGCUUAUUUUUUCCAAAAACAUGAACACAAUUAAAAGAAAAUUGUUGUCUUCAACAAUUUCAAAAUG